AGCUCACACAUGCAGCCACCUGAUGGACGCACUAUGGCGAAUGGAGUGGAUUGAAAGAAGGUAAGCUUUCCGAAGAGACCUAGUGAGAUGCAUCACAUGGAGAUGAGCUGAACUACUAGAUCCACCCACAGUCUAAUCUAUCAGGAUUUCAGCUGGCACUAAAUCGUUUCUCAAAGGAUGGUAUGAGCAUCUCACAUCAUCAUUGCUCAUAUGCAGUGCAUCUGGUGUACAUGCAGCCAAAGGAUAAUGGAAGACGAGGAAGUUUCUUACAGAUGCUUUCCCGCCACCGUUAAAUGUAAGAUGUGGAUACUUUAUUACCAGUCCUGUCCAGCAGUAGUCACAUAAUGGCAUGUAGAGGCGCGUGCUGCUGUGGCUGUGGUCCUGUGAAUGAAGAUAAUGCGAGGUUCAUUAUGUUGCUGCUCCUCAUCAUCCUCUACCUCCUGUGCGGAGCCGCGGUCUUUUCAGCCCUGGAGCAUCCCAAGGAGAGACAGGCGAAGGAAAAGUGGGCUCAGAGGUUUGAGCUUUUCAGCCAAAAGUACAAUCUCAACAGAAGUGAUCUGGAGAAGUUCUUGAGACAUUAUGAAGAGGCGAACAUCGCAGGAAUACGGGUGGACACCCUCAGACCGCGCUGGGAUUUUACCGGAGCCUUUUACUUUGUCGGUACUGUCGUGUCCACCAUCGGGUUUGGAAUGACCACACCAGCCACAGUCGGUGGCAAAAUCUUCCUGAUCUUUUAUGGCCUCAUUGGCUGUGCAGCCACCAUUUUAUUUUUUAAUCUGUUUUUGGAGAGAAUGAUAACGGUCUUGGCUUUUGUCCUCAAAUCCUGCCAUGAAAUCCAACGGCGACGCAAAGGAGUUUUACCUCACGACAGCAGACAAGACUCAAGAAAUGCAAGGCUAAACAGUAAAGACAGUCUUGCAGGAUGGAAGCCCUCGGUGUACUGUGUGAUGCUGAUCCUUUGUGUGGCAGCAAUAAUCAUUUCCUGUUGUGCUUCGGCCAUGUACUCCUCGAUCGAGGGAUGGGAAUACUUAGACUCACUCUACUUCUGCUUUGUGGCAUUUAGCACCAUUGGUUUCGGGGAUAUGGUCAGCAGCCAGCGGGCCAGUUACGAGAACCAAACCGUCUACAGAAUUGGCAAUUUCUUCUUUAUUUUAAUGGGCGUUUGCUGCAUUUACUCGCUAUUCAAUGUCAUCUCCAUUGUUAUCAAGCAGGUGCUCAACUGGCUCCUGAAAAGGCUCAAGAUCCCAUGCCUUCACUGCCCUGGGAGGUCUCUCCGGCCCCGUAGGAACGCAGUCAUGCCGGCCCAUGUCCGAACACGUGUUCGCAACAUAUCCAUAGACACUGAUGCAGUGAACGACAGUGAGACGGAUGGACGCAGGAUGUCUGGAGAGAUGAUCUCCAUGAGAGACUUCCUGGUGGCUAAUAAGGUCAACUUGGCGAUCAUGCAGAAACAACUCUCGGAGACUGCCAACGGCCAUCCCAGGCCAUGCGGGUCAACAAAUAGACACAAUGGAUUUUCUGGUGGGGUCGGAGCCCUGGGCAUAAUGAAUAAUAGGCUUGCAGAAACCAGUGUGGACAGAUAAAUAUAAACCUUCCAAAUAAAAUAACACAAUGGCUUUAUGAAAAGCCAGAAUGCAC